AUUCCUCCUCGGAUGCUCCCCCUCUCUAAAAUCACUUUCUCACUCCAUCCCACUCUAAUUUCAUCUCAAAAAUCUCCAAACCCUAACUAUUUCUCAAUUCUCUUCUUGUCUUUUCCUUUCCUUUUCUGACAAUAUUACGGGGGCGGUAGAGGCCGAAGAAAGGCUACGAAAAGAUUUGGAAAAGCUUGUAUUUGAUCGAUAUCCGAGAUUCAUCAUCAUGAAUGGGAAAAAGGGUAGUUUUGAGAUCAACAUUCCCGCGAUUGCCAAGGGUAAGACGAGGCUGGAAACCGGGAAGAAAUCCGGCGAGGAAACGGGUUUCCUGUAUUUGAAAGAUGGGAUUUGGAGUGUUUGGGUGUUUUGCAAAGAAGACACAAAUAGGGUAGUGUUUGCAUUGAAAGUGGGGUUGGCUGUCCUGCUGGUGUCUUUGCUCAUACUGUUCAGAGCACCGUAUGAAGUGUUUGGUGAAAGCAUCAUAUGGUCCAUCCUCACUGUUGCCAUCAUGUUUGAAUACACUGUUGGUGCAACAUUUAAUCGAGGAUUCAAUCGAGCACUGGGAAGCUUGUUGGCAGGAAUAUUAGCCAUUGGUGUAGCUCAGCUAGCCUUACGCACGGGCAGAAUCGCCGAGCCUAUUAUCAUCGGAAUCAGUAUCUUUAUCAUUGGGACUGUGACAUCGUUCAUGAAGCAAUGGCCAUCACUUGUGCAAUACGAGUACGGAUUUCGGGUCAUACUUUUCACAUACUGUUUGAUCAUAGUUUCUGGGUAUCGGAUGGGGAAACCGAUCGGUAACCCGAUCCCAACUUCCAUGUAUCGGCUGUACUCGAUCGCGAUCGGCGGGAUCGUUGCAGUGUUGGUGAAUGUGCUGAUUUUGCCGAUAUGGGCUGGGGAGCAGUUGCACAAGGAGCUAGUUAGCAGCUUCAAUGCAGUGGCUGACUCACUUGAAGAAUGUGUGAGGAAGUAUUUAGAAGACGACAGAUCGGAUAAUCCGGAGUUCUCCAAGACUGUCAUGGAUGAGUUUCCAGAUGAGCCUGCCUACCGGAAAUGUCGAUCCACUUUGAAUUCCUCAGCGAAAAUAGAAUCCUUGGCUGUAUCAGCUAAAUGGGAGCCACCCCAUGGAAGGUUUAGACACUUCUUCUAUCCAUGGUCUGAAUAUGUCAAAGUUAGUGCAGUGCUACGUUAUUGUGCUUACGAGGUUAUGGCUCUUCAUGGUGUUCUUCACUCUGAAAUUCAGGCUCCCUACAAUCUAAGAAUCACAUUUCAGACCGAGAUCCAAGAUGCGACAAGUCAAGCUGCAGAACUAGUUAGAUCACUAGGCAAAGAUGUAAGCAACAUGGAACGAACCCUCAAAACCACUCUCCUAAAGAGGGUUCACAGCUCAACGGAGCGACUCCAAAGCGCCAUAGACAUGCAUUCCUAUCUCCUCACGUCCAAUUACGAGCCACCCGAUAACCCCUCAAAGCCACUCCCCAAACUCACUCACACCCUCUCGUCCACCCUCUACGAUUUCUCCACCGAAUCAGCGGAGCUUGAGAAAACCACCACCCCUGAUCAAAACCAGAACCCGGUUUCAGGCACUCUGCCUCCACCGCCACAACCACAAGCAGAGUCUUACCAUGAGAUGAUGAGGAAGCAAUCAAGGAGGUUACAUUCAUGGCCGUCUAGAGAAGUGGAUGCUUUUGAAGAGGAGGGAGGAUUUGGAGCAGAUUUUAUACCGACGAUGAAGGCACUCGAGAGUACUGCGGCGCUGUCGCUUGCCACAUUCACUUCCUUGCUUAUUGAGUUUGUCGCAAGGCUGGAUCAUUUGGUUGAAGCAGUUGAAGAGCUUUCUAAGAUGGCCAAAUUCAAGCAUGAGGUUCUAUGAGAGGAGAGCUACGGGGCUAUUGGUUUGGUAUAUUGGUGUAGUAAUGUAAAAGAGUGUAAGAAUAAGAAAAACAAAACAAAA